AUGGCUACUACCACUACUACCCGAGAAAACGCCGAUGCUGACGGCAUCUUGAUCGAGACAAGAACUUCAGAUGGUAUCACGACUAUCGGGAUCAACAGACCACAUAGAAAAAACGCCAUAAACCCUCCGACGGCGAAGAAGUUGUAUGAAGCGUUCCUUGAUUUUGAAAGUGACCCUCAGCAAAAAGUAUGCGUACUUCACGGCGUCGGCGGCACAUUCUCAGCAGGCUUUGACCUCAGCGAAUUGAUCGAAUGGGACAGACCGGCUCCAAUGUCUAGAGACACAAGCGACGACAGGUGCACUCAGCGUUCCGAUAGCAUCACACGCUCGAAAUUCAGGCCUGUCAAGGGCCGCAACGCAGGUCCACUGGGCCCAAGCAGAAUGCAGAUCUCAAAACCCGUCAUCUGCGCAGUGUCAGGCCACUGUGUUGCGGGAGGUUUGGAGCUGAGUCUCAUCGCAGACAUGAGGGUGGUGGAGGACGAUGUGGUAUUUGGAGUCUUUUCCAGGCGCUUCGGCAUUCCACUGCUUGAUGGGGGAACAGUCCGACUUCCUGCGGUGAUUGGAUUGGGGCGGGCGAUGGAUAUCACGCUGACAGGCAGGCCGGUAGGCGCCCACGAAGCUUUCCACAUGGGGCUGGCAAAUCGGCUGGUACCCAAGGGCCAAGCGUAUCAAGAGGCGAUGAAACUGGCAGAGCUUUUGGUUUCAUUUCCACAGGAGUGUCUGAAUGCGGAUCGAGACUCUUGCUACUAUGCAGCGUAUCACGCCCAGUCGCUGGAGGACGCGCUGUCGUAUGAGUUUGAGGGAGGCGUAAAAGUAGCGGAUCUUGCAAUCCGUGACGCAUUGAAGUUUGUACGGGGCAAGAGGCAAUCAAAGCUGUGA